AAAUGUAGCGGCUUUCUUCUAGCAUCUCUCUGCUAAAGCGUAUUACCUUGUUAGCUUUAGUUAGUGUAACAGCAGGAAGUCUGUUUCCAGGUAGUUGUCUCUAUUCGGCUCAGUGAGAGGAGGAUCAGCCUAAUUGUUAGCGGCGGGUAUUUCAGUCGUGAGGUAGCGAACAUGCACGUAGUGAAUUAAUUCCUUCAUGUCAUUUUCGUUAGAUUUAUCUGACAACAGACGUUUCUCGUCCUCCGUCCAGUUUGGCUCCUUAUUCUCUGGUCCUCAGGAGACAUCUUUUUUAACCACACCACAAAAACACCACCGCAAAGAAUGCUUUGGUUUGCAGUCAAGUUCUGAAUAAGCAGAAAAUCAGUAAAGACCCACCCACCAUCUUAGAAACAACGCUGUUGUUUUUAGGACUGAGGAAUGGAGAGAAAGUUUGAAGUUCUGAAGUUCUUGCAGCGGUUUUGCAAAGCAGCGGCGAGGAUGUCGGCCUGAGCCUGAUGGGUUUAAUUUCAAAGGUGAAGAGGAAUACCAAUCUAUUUGAAGACUGUGAGGAUUCACAGCUGCCAAGGCCCAGUGAAGCACAUGCAGCAUCUCUCCAGCAGCCAUGCAUAUAAAUAUAACUGAAACGUGCUGAAAGCAAGAAAAGCAUUUGGAGGACGUCAGCUUUGACAAAUAAGGCCGUGAAAUGAGUUCCUCACAAGAGUGCAGGGGAGCCGAUUCAGACUGUUUUAUAGUGGCAGAAAAAUUGAAACGUCACUGCACUGGACUAUAUAAGUGUGACCAAUGUGGAAAGAGUUUCACUCGCUCAAGUAAUUUCAAGACACACCUGCGUAUCCACACUGGAGAGAAGCCAUACCAAUGUGAACAAUGUGGGAAGAGUUUCAGUCAGCUAGGUAAUUAUAAGACACACCUGCGUGUCCACACUGGAGAGAAGCCAUACCAGUGUGACCAGUGUGGAAAGAGUUUCAGUCGCCAGUUUAACUACAAGCAGCACCAGUCUCUCCAUAUUCAACAAAAAUCAAACUGGUGUGAGAAAUGUGGGAAAGGUUUCAGUCAAGGUAACUAUAUCCGACACUUGCGUACCCACACUGAAGAGAAGCCAUACUGCUGCAACCAAUGUCACAAGAGUUUCAAUAAUCCACGUUCAUAUAAGAGACACCAGCUUUGCCACACUGAAGAGAAGCCAUACCAGUGUGACUAUUGUGGAAAGAGUUUCAAGCGCUCAGGUGGUUACAAGACACACCUGCGUGUCCACACUGGAGAGAAACCGUACUGCUGUGACAAAUGUGGGAAAAGUUUCCAUCGCUCAAAUAUCUACAAGCAACAUAUGCGUAUCCACACUGGAGAGCAGCCAUAUCACUGUGACCAGUGUGGUAAGAGAUUCAGUCAGCUAAGUAUUUUCAGCCAACAUCAGCGUAUUCACACUGGAGAGAAACCAUACUGGUGUGAAAAGUGUCAAAAGAGUUUUAGUCGUUUAAGUUAUUUCAAGGUGCACCAGCGAGUCCACAGUGGAGAAAAAUCAAACUGGUGUGACAAAUGUGGGAAAGGUUUCACUCAGCUUGGUAGCUACUACCGACAUCUUCGUAUUCACAAUGGAGAGAAACCAUACAAGUGCGACAAAUGUGGGAAAGCUUUCAGUCAGGCAUAUAGUUGCAACCAACACCAGCGUGUCCAUACUGGAGAGAAACCAUACUGGUGUUCAAAGUGUAAGAAAUUAUUUGCUUGGUCUGAGUCAUUGAGGAACCACCGCUGUGUUCGAACAGAUGAAGAGAGCUCCAACUGUGUGUAGGAGAAUUUUUAAAUUUUCUACUUGAAAAAAGUAAAUUAAACAUUAAUUAUAAAACACCUUUCAAAUUCUCAGUUACAAAGUUUCCCAUUAACAAAAAGCCUAUAAAAGCAUUGGAAUAAAUAGAUACAACGAAUGUAAAAGACAGUUGUUUAAUAAUUAAGACAAGGAAGCAUCAAUAAAAUGCUUUUAGAGUAAUUAGGUUUUGAGAUGAGUACAAACAAAUUUGCUGAUCUGACACCAAUAGGGACACUUUUCCGUAAUCUAAGAGCCAGGAUAGAAAUGUUUGCUCACCACAAGUCUUGUACUCUGAUUUUGGCCUUUGUUCUGAUGACCUGAGGAGAAUAAUUGACCUGUAAUGGAUCAGCUACUGAUGUAUGGUGGAGCUAAACUGUGUUGUGUCUUUUAAGUAAUUAGAAGGAUUUUAAAUGCAAUCUUAAAUUUAGAAGGAAAUGGGGUAAUAUGGGAAUGUUUCUUAAAUGAAAAUAACAGGACUGAAAACCUUUCUUCAAAAUCUCCACCACCAGAUUCCCUUCAUCCAAAAUUACUGAGGAUGGUGCUAUGACUGGGAUUAUAGCAGGUAACGUUUAGCAAACAUAAAAAUUCAGCCAACUUGUACAUGGUUGUUUACUAAAUUGAAUGUCAAUAGGUGCGGUGACCAUGUUACAUUAGAUAUUGAUUGUGUGUUUUAGCUCACGGCUAUAGAUAGCUAGCGAAAUCAAAAGAUGAAAGGUGUUAAGAUUGACAGUAACUGAUCAACUUGAACUAACAUAUAGGUUCUUAAAAUGUGUUUAUCCUUUGGCUGGGCUGGGUCACAGCAGUGGUUCAGGGGUUCAGGUGGUACAGCAAUCUAUUGAUAAUCUGAAGGUUCUUAGUUUGAUUCUUGUUUUUAUACAUUUUUAUUUAUCGAUUUUGUGUUAACAGACAACUUCAAGUUUUAGUAAAUAGGUUUAUUUUUUAUGUUUUAAAACUGUUUUGAGUGGAGAAAUGCCAAGGUGCUGAAACAUAAAAAUAAAGAGAUGAAACAGACAACUUAAGUUAAACCACAUUAUGGUCAAAAGGUUUGUGUUUUUUAUGUUAUGAAACUGCUUUGAGUGUGUAAAAAUUCCAUGG